CCAUUUGAACUCUGCAACCCCGAGACCCAGCGUUUACGCAUUCACGUCCGAACAACGUCAACAGACACAAGUCUAGAGAGAGAGAGAGGAGAGAUAGGAGAGAGGAGGGAAAUCGGUAAAUAUUGUAUGAUCGUAUUGCUACAACUCCUACCACCUUCCGUUUCAAAUGGCGGAUUCCUCAAGUUUUCACUCUGAAACCCUGAAACCCACAAGAUAAAUACGCCCCUCUCUAAACCCAACAACUCUUUCUGUCUCUAAAGUCUAAACCAGUAAGCCCCUCUUUCUCUCUCCACCUUCUCUUACACGAGACCCAACGGCACGUCCGAAGGAAGAAUUUUAAAUUAAAUAGAAAUUAAAAAUUGGCAAGCACACUUCAGCGCUGCAGCAGCACAGUUUGAUCUAAACAGACUCCUCAUUUCCAGAUUCAGAAGAGGAUCCACGGAAAUAAAGAAUCUUUUCAGUUUUCCUCUGUUAUUCUCUGCUUCUCUAUCUCUCUGUGAAGUGUGAGUGUGAGGUGUUGUCGCAUGGACGAGACCGAGGGAAGCUCAGAGUGGCUUCUACGGGGAUCUACUUUGGAUCUGGUGUCUGCAAGUCUGCAACUUCUCUCUCCGCCUUCUCCUUACAAUGUUUCGCAUUUGUACAAACAGGCAUGGAGGUGGAGAUGAUAAGUUCAUUUGAUGCUUCCGGGGUAGUGAAGAAGCAUGGAGGAUUAGGGUUCGUGUUCUUCUGGUCGAUGUUGUUGUUGUUGAUAUGGGCUGUGGAGGAUCCAAAUUAGACGACUCCGAGUUGGUGGUUCUAUGCAGAGAGAGGAGAGACUUCAUCAGAGCUGCCGUGGAUAAUCGAUACGCCCUCGCCUCUGCUCACCUCUCGUACUUUCGAUCCCUCAAGGACGUGGGUGAAGCUCUCUCUCGAUUCGUCGACGAAGAGCUCGUCAUUGGUUCUCCUCCGUCUUCUCCGGUUCUGACGCUUCCCUCCGACGAAGGCAAGAGAAAGAGGAGGAAAAACAAGGGUAUUGGAGAUAAUAAUAAUAAUAAUACUUCUUCGUCGACAACUUCUCUCUCACAUUCGGAUUCUUUCUCCCACCAUCACUCGCCGGAGGAGGAUUCUCACUUGCAUCUGUCUGAGGAUUCACACUUGCAUUUGUCGUCGAGCCAUGGUUCUGAUUCGGGUUCGUUAGAGCAUCGAGCGGAGGAUACUCCGGAAAGGCCAGCGCCUUCUUCUUUUUCGCCUCCAACCGAUUCGACCCCGACUGAAGCGAAUACAUAUUCGUACUUUGCCAAUUACAUGAAGCGGUCGUCCACUGCAAUUCCUUCUGUCUAUUACCAGGAGCCACAUGUGUCGCCUGCAGCAACCUAUUGGCCUGAUCCGUCAUACCCAUCUUACUCUGGGUAUCCUCAGUACGAGACGGGGGGAUUCUAUGGCUUUUCGAUGGGUUCGCCUUCCGGUGAUCCUUACAGCAAUCGGCCUCAGACUCCUCCAGCUGCUCCUCCUGAGCCUCCCCCGCCGCCUGAGGUCUCCCCUUGGGACUUCCUCAACCCCUUUGAUUCACUUGACAGCGGUUAUCCCAGGUACCAUUAUCGGGGUUAUGGAUCCAGUGCUAGUAGUCCUGAUUCGAUGGAAGUACGGAAGAGAGAGGGAAUUCCUGAUUUGGAAGAUGAUACAGAGCAAGAGUCCUUGAAAGGAGGACGGAAGGGGAAACAGUUGGAGGAAGAUAUAAUGGAAGAUUCAGGUGAGGGGACUUCUAAGGCAGUUCCAUCACAAUAUAAUGAGAGCACGAGUUCAGGUCAGGAGAAAGAGAUUAAGAGCAGUCCGGAGACAUUGGCAUCAAAAAGCGUGGAAAAGGAGGAUUCUGCGAGGAAGAAAGGGGUCAGUUUUGAGGUAGAAGCAGGAUCGGCCCAGGAUGUGGAAUCCUCAAAGUUAAGUAGCCUAACAACAAUAGUUUCUACCCAUGGCACAAGGGACCUUCAGGAAGUCGUGAAGGAAAUCAGGGAUGAAUUUGUCACUGCUUCUGAUUAUGGGAAAGAGGUCUCAGUGAUGCUUGAGGUGGGCAAGCUGCGUUAUCAGCCAAAGGGUGCUAUACUUAAAGUGAUCUCUUCCAGGAUUCUAGAUUUGAUAUCUUUCCCAGUAAUGGCAUUCUCACAACCUCCAUCCAGGCAGCAGCGGCAAGCUGUUCCUGACAUAUUAAGAAUGUCAAGGGCCAACAAUGGGGACACAGAGUGUAUUAGUAUUCAGUCUGGGAGUCUUUCAUCAACUUUGGAAAAGCUUUAUGCAUGGGAAAAGAAGCUUUAUAAGGAAGUUAAGGAUGAAGAAAGACUUCGAGUUAUCUAUGAAAAGAAGUGCAAGAGGUUGAAGGUUUUAGAUGCCAUUGGUGCGGAGCCCAAUAAGAUUGAUGCAACUCAAGCUUCAAUUAGAAAGUUGGUUGCAAAAAUUGAUGUUACUAUCAGAUCUGUUGAUGCUAUUUCAGGCAGAAUACACAAGUUACGAGAUGAGGAAUUGCAGCCCCAACUUACAGAAUUGAUUCAUGGGUUAAUAAGAACGUGCAUGUCAUUGUUGAAGUGCCAUCAGAAGCAGUUCCAAGCCAUCAUAGAAAGUAAAAGUCAUACGCUUAUGGCAAACACUGGUGUACGAAGAGAUUCAAGUUUGAGGGCUACCUUGGAACUGGAGCUGCAGCUCCUUAACUGGUCUUCCUGUUUCCAUACUUGGAUUAACACCCAGAAAGCCUAUGUUGAGUCCCUGAAUGAAUGGCUUAAGAGGUGCCUGCACCAGGAACAAGAAGAAACACCUGAUGGACUGGUCCCCUUCUCCCCAGGAAGGGCUGGAGCUCCCCUGGCUUUUGUUAUUUGCAAUGAUUGGUGUGAUACAAUUCUGGAAAUCUCAGAGAAAAACUUAGAAACGGGGGUGGAAGACAAGAUGCAUGCUUUUGCCUCAAGUUUGCGCCAGCUAUGGGAGAAGCAAGAUGAGGAGCAACGCCAGAGACUUAAGGCUGCAUACCUAUCCAAGGAUUUUGAUAAACGUCUGCGAUCCCUGCGGAAGGAGGAAAGCAAGAAGAAGUGGGAUCAAGAUGCAUUAUCGGACAAGACAUUGUCAGCAGCUAAUACUGAAAGUGGAGUGUCUGCACUGGAUGAUCUCAAGGUGGAUUUGGAUUCCAUGAGAAAGAGACUGGAAGAAGAGAGAGCCAGACAUGAGGAAACAGUUAAACAAGUCCAUGCGGCUGCUUCCAAUAGUUUACAGUCUGGCUUGAUCCCAAUCUUCAAGGCCUUGGAGAAAUUUACCUCUAUGAGCAUUGAUGCUUAUAAACGAGUUAGAAUAGAAAAUGCUGGAGGCGGCACGUAAACAGGCAAGUAUGCUCUUUUCAUGUUUCAAUCCGGCUUGGGUUCCUUGAAGGGAACCCUGAUUCAGUGGCGAGAGGUGGCAGUGGGGCUAUAAGGUCAAUGGUUGUUGCACUCAGAAAUUUUUACAUGUCACUUUCAGGCAUAAUGGUAAGAGAUUUCGAAAAAACAUAUAUAUACAGAAUCAUCAUACAGGAUACAGCCAGAGGGGGUGUGUGGAACCAGACAACCAGUUGUUGGAAGACAACAUGCAUCGAGUAAAGGACUUAGAUGGGCACUAGCUUGAUGAUCUCUUUGUCCAAAGGUUUUGGUUCUGCAGAAAACCCAGUAGUAGUUAGGCAGGAAUGUACAGAAAUUCGUUUAUUGGUUUAUUGGUUGACUAGUUGACGGAUGGGCCAGUGGUUCUUCAAAGGAGGAUUUGCAUGCAUAUACAGAGCUGAGAUUUUCAAAAUUUUGAAUGAAUCUUAUGUAAUGAUGAAGAGGAAGUCUUGUUGUUCAGAAGGUAAGUUUAGGUAGGGAAAAAUGCAGUAUGAGAAAAGCCUUGGUGUGAAAAUCAUUCCCUAGUAAUCUUAUUCUAAUUAUUCUAUAUCAUUCUGUUCAUUUUGGAUUU